AUGUUUUCUUUAAUAAUUUAUUUCCUAAUAAUAUUAUUAAAUUCAACUUGUUAUUGUCGAUUUCAUUCUCGUUUUCAUCAUAUAUCAAUAAAUGAAAAUGAAAUAUCUCCAUGUCAUUUAUUAUCAUUUAAUUUAAUAAAUUCAAUAAAAUCUUAUCAAUUAGUAUCAACAAAUGUUCAAUUACAUAAAUAUUUUUCUAUUGAAAAUCAAACAGAUCUUUAUGCAAUUCAAUCACUUGAUCGUGAAUAUUUAUGUGUUGAACAAUUUUGUUCAUGUACAAUGCAAUGUUCAAUACAAUUAAAAAUACUUUCACAACCUGAACAUCAAAUUAUAUUUGUUAAUAUAACAAUAAAUGAUUUAAAUGAUAAUUUACAUUAUUUUCGUUCAAAUGAAAUUCAAAUACAUAUACCAGAAAAUACAAAUAUACAACAUCGACAAUGUUAUCGUAUUCCUAAUGUUGAUGAUAAAGAUUUACCAGAAACAAAUCAAUUUAUUUAUGAAUUAAUUGGUAAUGGAAGUGAAAAAUUUGAAAUUGAUCAAACAAUAGGAAAUGAUUUAUGUUUAAGAAUUAAAAAUCAUCCAUUAGAUAGAGAAGAACGUGAUCUAUAUGAUCAUUUAUGGCUUAUUGUUACUGAUAAACAACAACAACAAGCAAAAAUGAAAAUAAAUAUUCAAGUUUUAGAUGUUAAUGAUAAUUCACCUAAAUUUUUAACUAAUUUAACAAAAAUUUCUGUUAAUGAAACAUUUACUGGACAAUUAACUUGUUUUCAAGCUUAUGAUCCAGAUGAAGGUAAUAAUGGACGUAUUAUUUAUUCAUUUGAUCAUUUUGAUGAUAAAUUAACACAAUUUUUAUAUUUAAAUAAUGAAACUGGUUGUUUAUUUAUAAUUCAAUCAUUAUUAUUGACAUCAUUUGAUUUAAUACCAUUAUUACAAUUAAAUAAUCAUUUAUUAUUAACAAUACGUGCACAAGAUUGUGGUUCACGUAUGAGUUCAACAUUACCAGCAUAUCAUCCAUUAGAAAUAAUUAUUGAAGAUAUUAAUGAUCAUAAACCAAAUAUUCAAGUACGACAAAUUAUUUCUUCAAUUGAUAUUAUUAAAAAUAAUUCACAAAUUAAUAUUAUUGAAAAUACAAUUGGACUUUUAGCUAUGAUUACUGUUGAUGAUAUUGAUCAAGGUAUUUAUGGACAAGUUCAAUUAACUUUAAUUGUACAAACAUCAAUUAAAAAACAUCGACAAGCUUUUCAACUUAAACCAACAUCAAUGAAACAUUAUAAAAUUGAAUUAAUAAAUCCAUUAGAUUAUGAACUUGAAACAUCUCUUAUUUUAUUUCUUGAUGCAAUUGAUGGUGGUGGUGAACAUUCACGUUUUAUUAUAAAUAUUGUAAUUGAUGAUAUGAAUGAUAUGAUACCACAUUUUGAACAUGAACAUUAUCAUUUUAUAACAAAUAUUCAAUCAUCAUCAACAUUAUCUGAUUCAACAAUUGUUGGUCAAAUUCAUGCAACUGAUCCUGAUGUAUCAACUAAAUCACUAAUAUAUUCAACAAAUUCAAAUUUAUUUCGUAUAGAUUCUGAAACAGGUCAAAUAAGUUUAAUUGAACCAUUAUCAAUAAAUAUGACUGAUCAAACAAUAACAUUUAAUGUAACUGUAUCCGAUGGUGAACAUAUAAGUCAAACAUAUGUAACAAUAUCAAUUGAAGGUCUUAAUCAUCGACCAGAAUUUGAAAAGACUCAAUAUUUUUUUCAAAUUAAUGAAAAUGUACCAGUACGUACUGUAGUUGGACAAAUUAUUGGUAAAGAUAAAGAUUUACCUGGAACAAGACGUGGUGAAUUAACAUAUACACUUCGUUCAAUAACACCUUAUUCAGAAUUCUUCUUUCAUACAAGUCAUACAGGACAAGUUUUAGUUACGAGAAUACCUGAUGCUGAACAACAACAAAUACAUCAAUUUAUUAUAACUGUUAGAGAUCAUGGCACACCACCUUUAUCAAGUGAAGCAAAAUUAACAAUAAAAGUAAAUGAUAUAAAUGAAUAUUGUCCACAUUUAGUUAAUUUUUCUUCUGAACCAUAUAUAUUUGUAUCUCGUCAACGUUUUAAAAAAAUUCCAGGAGAAACAUUUACAUAUCGUCUAUUUGCAUUUGAUAAAGAUAUAACAGAUCAAUCAAAUAUUACAUUUAAUUUACUUCCAUCAAAAUAUUCAUAUUUAUUUAAACUUAAUUCGAAUGGUUUCUUAACAAUAGAUGAUCUUCCAUUAAAAACUCCAUCAAUAAUGGAACUUGAUUAUUCAUUAACAGAUACAUUUUUUCCUGAACCAUGUAUAAAACAAGAUAAAUUAAUUAUAUUAAUUGGUGAUACAUCAAUUGAUCGUGAUUAUCUAAUAAAUGAAUAUGAAAAACAAUUAGAAUCGUCUCAACAUCAACGAUCAAUGAUACAAAGAUUAGCAAAUAAUAAACGUAAAAAACAAGAAACAAUUAUUAUUUUAUUAACAUUUAGUUUAUCAACAUUAAUUAUAUGUCUUGGUGUUCUUUGUCUUUUAUUUCUUCUUUGUUGUCGUAAACAAAAACGACGAAAUAGAGAACGAUCAAUAACAACAAAAUCAUCAUCUUUAAUUAAUCCAUCUUUAUUAGAUGAUAGUAAACAACAAUCACCACAUUCAUUUAUUACGGAUUGUAAUGGAAAAAGUUCACUUCUUCCACCAUUAAGAUAA